GACACACAGCGACAUCGACGGAAGCUUUCAGCGACAGCAGCAUCAGCAGGCCCUUUUAUCCAACCGCUCCAAGCCGGCAGGCGUAACGUACGACACACGCCCGUAAAAUGGAUUAUUGGAAAUUAAUUGUUCUAAUUAUAUCAGCCAUCUACGUGAAAGUGACCAUAGGACUACAGCGAUUCGCCGAACAGCCCAAAUACACCGAGGUGAAUCCGGGUCAGGAUGCGCUGCUGGUGUGCAAAGUAAUUGACAAGCGUGGCGUCUGUUCCUGGCAGAAGGACAACAAACCGGUCGGUAUCUAUCCGAAAAAGUACGAAUGGGCCAGCCAGUAUGGGAUCGGCCAAACCGCGCACGUCGGCGGUGACUGUUCGCUGUGGGUACGGGCGGCCCAGCUCGAGUUUGACGAUGGGCUGUGGGAGUGCCAGGUGACGGCUAGCGACUUUACAACACAGGACGCACUUACCAGCCAGCCGGUGCGAUUAGUAGUAAGAGUACCACCACAGCGACCUAGAUUAGAGCAUGAAGGAGUUCACGUUCCUCCCGGUCACAACGUCACGGUCGAUUCCGGUGCGGUGGCCACGGUAAAGUGUGUCUCCCACUACGGAAAUCCGCCAGCGCAAUUGAAGUGGUUCCUAGGUGAUCAAGAGAUAUCUCCUAUUCAUCCACAAACCAACUCGACGGAACCUGAUAAUCCUCGCACCUGGUCGGCGGCCUCGGUGGUGCAGAUUCCGGCCAACAAGGAGCGACACGGAACAGUAGUAAAGUGUCUUGCAUUGCACGAAUCCUAUGCAGCCCGUUCCGUAGCUGUUGAGGCUCGGCUAGAUGUAAAAUAUGCACCCACCGUGAGACUUAUGGGAGCACCACAGAUCGACCUGGAAGAGGGCAAAGAUUCACUGAUCCUGCGUUGCGUAGCCGAUGCAAACCCGCCAGCCAGUAUCGUGUGGCGCAGAGCCGGACGGUCCGAGAUUGCAAGCCUUCAAGAAUCGCUCCAGCUGCGUCCGGUCGGGCGACGUGAUGCCGGACUUUACACGUGCCAGGCGCAGAACUCUGUCGGCACGUCGGACACGAUGUCCGUACAGCUGGACGUCAAAUAUGCGCCAAAAAUAUUGUCCGCGGGACCGGACCGACUGACCACCGCUCCCCUAUUCAGUCCGGCUGCAUUUGAGUGUGUGGCCGAAGGCAAUCCCACUCCCACGUACAAGUGGGUUCAAAGAAUAUCCACCCAAGGAAAACCGUUCCUUGAUCGGGGACGUGAAUCCCGGCUAGUAAUAGACAACGUGACGUACGAUUAUCAGGGCGAGUACGAGUGUCGUGCGACCAAUUUCAUCAACGGUCAAGAACGAACCGUAACGUCCGAUCCGAUUGCGCUGCAAGUCGUUGGUGCGCCGCAGGUCCUACGCACCACGUCUGCUUCGGGUGGCAUUGCGGGUCACUCAGUAUCGGUACGGAAGGGUGAUUCGGCGACACUAUCGUUGAUCGUGUGUGCCGACCCAAGACCGCGCCAUGUUGCCUGGGAAUGGGGUUCGUUACGGCUGGAAGCAGGAUCUGGCAUUGGACGUUAUCGGGUGGACGAUGUGACACAGGACAGUCGAGAAGAUUGCUAUCUAGCGACGUUACACAUCGAUGAUGCCGAUCUACAGGACCAAAGACCAUACUACCUGGUGGUCGAAAACGAAAGAGGAACCGAUCGACACGCCAUCAGUUUACGUGUCGAAGGCAUGUUCUCAGUAGUGGAACCGCUAGAGCUGAGCUAUCUGCUCGGGAUUGCGGGCGGAUGUCUGGCAGCCUUUCUCAUACUCAUCUGUCUCUGCAUCUACGCAGUGCGGGCGCGAAAAUGCUGCUUCCGGAAUCGCAACAACUACAAAACAUCGGAAAAGGAUAGCGAAAAGGCAGACCUAAAGUCUCGAUCCGACAGUACGAGCGUACCACCGCUCGAUUCGAUCUACACGACACCAACCGGGUUCCAUCAUCACCAUCACCAUCCGCAUCAUGCCGCACAUCAUCCGCACCAGAACGGAACGCCCGGUUCGCCGGAAGCAAUGAAGGUACGCAUGGCUGCGAUGAUAUUGCAACCACCGACAAGAGUUUAGCAGACGCCAAACAGCGAGACCGACUGCGGCACGGUGAAGGAAUCGCUCACGGACGAUGUCUCGACCGCGGGCACUAGCCCACUGGCGGACGGUGUCGU